CAUCUUUGAAGGAAGAAUCAAAUGCUGAAAAGAGACGACACUUUUCUUUCCUGUUCUUGUCUCGAUUCUCAAGUUUAUUGUUCGUUUUAUCAAACUUGUAAUAUGUCAUUUGAAAAAUAUCUAGUGGAAGGAUCACACUUAGAAGCGUUUCAGUUUUUAAUUCAGCUAUAUACAACAUAGAUGGAUUGUUUGAUAAACUUCAAGACAUGAUCUUGUAGAGAAUUAUGAGUAGACUAGACUCUCUCGUAAGCUACACAGCCUACACUGUUGUGGUCGAUUAAGGAGAGAUUAAUCUUCACAAUUGUGUAAUAAGUGGACCGUAGCAAUUAUAGGCCCAUUUAUCCCAACUUAGGCCCAUUUAAAAUAAAAACGGUCAUCUACAUCGAGGCUUCUUACUCGAGAGAACUCGUUCCCUUCUCCGCCGCAAACAUGAGGCUUCUUCACCGCCGUUUCUUUAUCUUCACCGAUGGAAUUUUCGGAGCCAACAGGCGAGGAUACGCCACCAAUUAUGUUGCCAAGGUCACUUCAUCAUCUCCCUCCGGGCGAUCUCUCUCCGCCGAAGUUUCCCUUCCUAAUCCCCUCCCCUCCGACAUACGCGGCUACCCUCUCCCUCGCCGUCACCUCAUCUGCCGAGCAACCAAUCUCCUUCUCCGCCACGAAACCUCUUCCGAUCCCUUCUCCGAGCUCUCCGAUUACCUCUCUUCCCUCUCACUCUCCCUAACUCCCGACGAAGCUUCAGAGAUUCUCAAAUCCCUAAACUGCCCUCGCCUGGCCGUCGAUUUCUUCCACUUCGUCCCCUCCGUGUGCCCUAGCUCUCACCACGACCCGUUCCUCUACAACCGCAUCAUCUUGAUCCUCUCCAAGUCUAACCUCCCCGACAGAUUCGAUCGCGUCCGUUCGAUUCUCGAUCUGAUGGUGAAGUCUAACGUACGUGGCAACAUCUCCACCGUUAAUAUCUUAAUAGGUUUCUUCGGGAACGCGGAAGAUUUAGAAAUGUGCUUAGGGCUGGUGAAGAAAUGGGAGUUAAAGAUGAACUCUUUCACAUACAAGUGUCUCCUUCAAGCUUACUUAAGGUCUCGUGAUUCUUCGAAAGCAUUCGAUGUGUACUGCGAGAUUAGAAGAGGAGGGCAUAAGCUCGACGUCUUCGCUUACAAUAUGUUGCUUGAUGCUUUAGCUAAAGAUGAAAAGAUUGAUCAGGCAUGCCAAGUUUUCGAAGACAUGAUGAGAAAGCAUUGUAGAGGAGAUGAGUAUUCCUACACGAUUAUGAUCAGGACAAUGGGAAGAAUUGGGAAGUACAAUAAAGCUGUUGAUCUAUUCAAUGAGAUGAUAACUGAAGGGCUUACUCUCAACGUGGUUGGUUACAAUACUCUUAUGCAAGUUCUCGCAAAAGGAAAGAUGGUUGAUAAGGCUAUUCAGGUUUUCUCCAAGAUGGUUGAAACGGGUUGUCGUCCCAACGAGUAUACGUACAGUCUGGUUUUGAAUCUUUUAGUAGCUGUAGGUCAGCUUGUGAAGUUAGAUGGGAUUGUGGAGAUGUCCAAGAGGUAUAUGACUCAGGGGAUAUAUUCUUAUUUGGUUAGAACGCUGAGUAAACUAGGGCAUGUGAGUGAGGCUCACCGGCUGUUUUGUGAUAUGUGGAGCUUCCCUGUGAAAGGACAGAGGGAUAGUUACAUGUCGAUGCUUGAGAGUUUAUGCGGUGCGGGUAAAACAGUUGAAGCUAUAGAGAUGUUGAGCAAGAUCCAUGAGAAAGGUGUGGUUACGGAUACCAUGAUGUACAACACCGUGUUCUCUGCGCUUGGGAAGCAAAAGCAAGUAUCUCAUAUUCAUGAUCUCUUCGAGAAAAUGAAAAAAGAUGGUCCGUGUCCAGACAUAUUCACGUAUAAUAUACUCAUCUCUAGUUUUGGUCGUGUGGGAGAAGUUGAUGAAGCUAUCAAAAUCUUCGAGGAGCUUGAGAGUAGUGACUGUAAACCGGACAUUGUUUCGUACAACUCUUUGAUUAAUUGCUUGGGGAAGAACGGUGAUGUUGAUGAAGCUCACCUGAGGUUCAAGGAGAUGCAGGAGAGAGGAUUAAACCCUGAUGUGGUCACAUACAGCACUCUGAUGGAAUGCUUUGGGAAGACGGAGAGAGUCGAAAUGGCGUAUAGAUUGUUCGAAGAGAUGCUUGUUAAAGGGUGUCAACCGAACAUUGUGACGUACAACAUAUUACUUGAUUGUCUAGAGAAGAGUGGAAGAACCGCUGAAGCAGUUGAUAUGUACACGAGGAUGAAACAGCAAGGACUCACACCUGAUUCCAUUACUUACAGUGUUCUUGAACGGUUGCAGUCUGGCUCUCAUGGAAAGUCACGGAUUCGUAGGAAGAAUCCGAUAACAGGUUGGGUGGUCAGUCCUCUGUAGCCACGUGAAGUAGUGAAACAAGGUUUUGAGAAAGAUACUUGGCUGGAGAAUGAAAACUCCAGAUUUUAUUGAGGCUUUUUCAGUGAACUCUGUACAAACACCGUCUUCUCCGUAGUGUGAUGAUCAGGUUAGAGUACCUGAAGCUCAAAGAUUUUGAUUUAUGAUAGAUUAGAUGAUACAUUUAUGUUUGAAGGGUUUGCUUAUUGCAUCACAUAGUUCUUUAAUGCAUUGGUUCCUCACUGUUUGCUCCUUGUUGAAUUAGUAGAGCUGGAAGUUUAGAAUAAGAUUAUGUACCUAGAUUGAUCAACAAUGUUUUACAGUCUUAUAGAGAGAUUAUAGUAUCCAAAACCUCGACUACAAAUUCUGUAUUAUCAAAUUUUAUUUUAUCCAUUUGCAGUUUUGUAUUGUUUUCUUUUAAUCUUCAAGAUUUUCGCAAAAGGGUACAAUAAAAACAUAACUUUGUGAUUUAACUAUAGAAAAUUAUAACCCUAAAUUUGCAUCAGGCAACACUGAAAAUUCAUUGCUAAAUUCUUGAAGAGAAAAAAAAAAGGUUUUACAGAAUCAUGUAGCUAGAACAAGAAUAGCGAUGUUGCUGCUGUUGCGGCAAACUCUCGCCGCUACCGCGAUACUUGGAGGCUAUAUCCGGUUCCUCUCAGAAAGCCGAUGAGGUGCGCUAUGCGAACGUUGCUUCGCCUUAAACGACUGUGUAUUCUCCAUGUAGCCAGGACCAGGAGUGUUCAUUCCAUAGCCAGACUGAGCAUUUCCACAAACCCUUUUACUAGGACACUGCAUUACAUAGGCCCUGUUCGUUUGGAGGUUGCUAGCGUCACUUCAGCGUCUAAACGGUGUUCGUUUACCGGUCGCGGGCUCAGCGACUGAUCGUAGCGACCGGACGCUAGCGACCCGCGAUUAAAAAUUUUGAUCGCCGAUAAAUUCAGCGUUUGCUACCAAAAAACCUGCGAUCAAAAAAAAAAAUCAAAAUACAAAAUACAAAAACACCCUCAAUCUAUCUUCAAAAUUACAAAACAAUACCCUUAACCUAAAACUUUCUCACGCCUCAGCUCUCUCUCUCUCUUCGCCAUCUCUCAUGCCUCUCUUCUCUCAUGCCUCAGCUCUCUCUCUCUCUAUCUCUCCCUCUUCAGCAUCUCUCACGCCUCUCUUCACCAUCUCUCACGCCUCAGCUCUCUCUCUCUCCCUUCACCAUCUCUCACGCCUCUCUUCACCAUCUCUUCACGAUCUCUCUCACACGUCUCUCACCAUCUCUCACGCCUCAGCUCUCUCAAAGGUGUGUGUUCUACUUGGUUCUCCGAGCUCUUGAUACUAUCUUUUCAGAUUUGGACAUAAAUCACAACUAGACAGAAAGAAUGGCUAAUGAUAUGGUUAGGUGGUACAUGGAUGAUGAUGAUGAUGAGGACGAUGUGCUUAAGCCAGAGAGAUUACUUCAAAGAACAGAUCGAGGUGCUGGAUGGCAUCAUGUUCAGCAGUUUAUGCACGGGUCAGAUGAUGAUCGAUACUGGCCAUUUUUUAAAGAUUGUAUUGGAGCAUUGGAUGGAACUCAUAUCUCAGUUCGCCCACCGAAGCGAAAUGCCGAAGCAUACAGGGGUAGAAAACAGGAGCCGACCAUGAAUGUCCUUGCUAUAUGUAACUUUGAUAUGAAGUUCAUAUAUGCUUUUGUGGGUGUCCCGGGUAGAGCACAUGACACAAAGGUAUUGACUUAUUGUGCGAGGAAUGAGCCCUUUUUUCCACAUCCUCCAAAUGGAAAGUAUUAUUUGGUUGAUGCUGGAUAUCCCACAAGAACAGGGUAUCUUGGUCCGUAUCGUAGAGUUCGGUAUCAUCUCGAUCAGUUCAACAGAGGAGGACCGCCAACGAACACUCGAGAGGUGUUCAACCGGAGACAUUCAAGCAUGCGAUCUGUGAUUGAGCGGACAUUUGGAGUGUGGAAAGCAAAAUGGAGAAUUCUUGACCGUAGGCAUCCAAAGUAUGGUUUGAUCAAAUGGAUAAAGCUAGUAACAUCAACGAUGACUCUACACAACUUCAUACGUGAUUCACAUCGAGAAGAUAAUGAUUUUGUGCGUUGGCAAAGAAGAGAAGAAUAUCAUACACAUGGUGAUGAUGAUGAUGAUGAAAAUGAAGAUGAAGAAGAAAAAGAAGAAGAUGGUGAUGGUCAUGGUGGACAUAUUCCAUAUGAGCCGACUGGUGAUAGAGCCAUGGAAGGUUUACGUGAUCAUAUUGGUAAUGAGUUGAGUAGAGGAUAUCGAUUACCUUACUAGAUUAUUUGAUUUGAGUUUAUACUGAUUUUUAUUAUUAGUUACUCGUAUGACCACUUUCCCUAUUGUUUAAAUAGAAAUCUUUGUAACAAUUGUGAGAGAAUUUCUGAUUUAGACCAGGGAUUUUCUUAAUAAGGAAACUCUUAUAAUAAGCUAUAGUUUUCUUC